AGUUACUCCCCUUCGUUGUCUUCCCAUGACAUACUAAUGUAUCGUUAUAGACCACCAAUAAAUGGAUUGAUUUCAUUAUUUUCGCUUCUUGUAGCAUUAUUUGUUGGAUUCUGGAUACGCGGUGACCAAAGAGAAAGUAUUGGGAGCAACAAUAUAAAGCUAACGUGCUGGAAAAAUAUCCAAAAUGCAUCAGAAAUAUGUAGGCCAAUCUGCGGAGAUAAUUUUUUCAGUUUACCAAACAUGACCACUUGUUACCCUUGGCUAGAUUGUGAUCAGAUCAACAAGGAGAUAAUUAUUCAAGAUGUUAUUGAGAGAGGACUCGUGAAAGUGGUCAGACAUGGAGUAUGGCGUGAACAUCCAGUCGCUAUAAAUCAGCUCCUUAAUCCAGCUUUCAGAGAUGAUUUUCAGCAUGGACUUCACAUGUUGGUACAUCUUCAAACAUCAUCGGUCCCGGUUACAGAACUUGUUGGUUACUGUGCUAAAAAUGAUACAUUUGUCACAAGGUUUUAUCCACUGGGCUCUGCAGUCAAUGUAGAACAUAUUUUUGACAACUUACGAAACUGGAACAAUAUUAAAUUCAGAUUUGGCUUGUGUGUGCAGUAUGUAGGCAUAAUUCAUGGUCUUCACACAAGUCCUAUUGGUACACGAGUUAUGUGUGAUAGCAAUGGUCCCUCAAAAGCACUUAGUCAGUUUCUUCUUCGUGAAGACCUUUCACUCAUUCUGAAUGAUGUGGAUGCCUUGCCUAAAGUUGACAAAAGCCAAGAGCAGCUUGUGAAAUGUGGGCACAGGGAACUUUUUGGUGAUUUUGUUGCUCCAGAGCAGCACUGGCCAUUUUCUGAUAAAGAGUAUAAGGAUGAAGAGAUGCCGGGUUAUGAUGAAAAAGUGGAUAUUUGGAAAAUCCCCGAUGUUUGUAAUGCUUUGCUAGGUGAUGGCCCAGGUAGCAGUAGACUACGCUUGCAGCUUUUAUCUCUUCAUAUGGAAUGCAAGCAGAUUGAACCUUCUAAAAGACCAAGUGCUGAGAAUAUACUGAAACAAUAUACUAAAAUAAUAGAUAGUCUUCAAGAGUAAAUAUGUGUUUUUGUGAAGUUUGUGGUAUGAAAUUUAUGUGAUCCAUGUAUGCAAAAGAAAAGAGAGCGUUGAAAUGGAAUUUAUUUAAAGUGAAAUUUAAAAUGUUAAAACUGCCAAA